CGAAACGAAACGUUAUCAAAAACAAAAAGAGAAGCAGCAACGAAACUAUCCACUCCACACUGCGGCGUAGAAAUGGAACCUGGGAAGCAAGGGGUGAUGGUGGCGAAGAUAUUACCACAGCAGCUUCUCAACCCAAUAGAGCAGCUUCAAACUCGCUUCAAGGAAGUCGAAUCCGGCUUCAAACUCUGGCUCUCCAAGCAAUCCAUCGCCGUCGAAGCCGCCGUCGUCACCACCACCAGCGCCGCCCAAGGUGCCGCCAUCGGCGCCUUCAUGGGUACCCUCACUGGGGACGCUUCCUCCCCGUUUCCUACUCCGCCACCUAAUGCCUCUCUUAACCCUCAGGCUAUGGCUUCUCUUAAUCAAGCUCAGGCUCUUGCUGGAGGCCCUUUAGUUCAAGCUCGUAAUUUUGCUGUCAUGACUGGUGUGAAUGCUGGUAUUACAAGUGUUUUGAAAAGGAUAAGGGGGAAGGAAGAUGUGCAGUCCAGCAUGGCAGCAGCUUUUGGCUCUGGCGCCAUGUUUUCAUUGGUAAGUGGCGUGGGCGGACCAAAUCAAGCAGCAAAUGCAGUCACCUCUGGGCUUUUCUUUGCACUUGUUCAAGGUGGACUUUUCCAGUUGGGACAAAAGUUUUCUCAACCACCUGUUGAAGAUACUAACUAUGUGAAAACAAGACACAUGUUGCACAACCUUGGCCUUCAGAAUUACGAAAAGCAUUUUAAGAAAGGCUUGUUAACGGACAACACUUUACCUUUACUAACGGACAGUGCUCUCAGAGAUGUGAAGAUUCCUCCUGGACCCAGGCUUUUAAUUCUAGACCACAUCCAGAGGGACCCAGAUGCAAAAGAGAAACGAGGAGGCCGGAGUUGACUGAUAUGAACAGCUUGCUGCCUUCGAACUCUUAGUGACUAAAAGCGUAGAAGGGGGUUUGUGUUGCAAAUGAGUUUUGUCAUUUUUGUUUAUUAUGUUUUCAGCUCUAUUAUUGUUGCAGUGUACUAGAUAAAAUUUAGUUAACUUUUCGGCUAUUUUAGUUGCUGUGAAAAAUGGCGUGAAAGUUAAUUCUGAAGCAUGAAUUUGUUAGCUUAAAUAAGAAAAGUUCUCUCUUCCUUUUGGAGGAAUUGUCACUGAGUGAUUA